UCCACCGGGGAGGGGAUGGACGAGGACUUGGAUCUGCCAGACGAAAGGAAGGUUGGGACACUCCUGAGAAUGUUGAUGAAGCACUUGAUCAGUCCUUGUUCUCUUACACUUCCCUCAAACUUCCAGGGGGAAAGCAGAAUCAGCACUGUGACCUUUCCCUCUGCGACGAUGUCCAAAACAUCAGUUGUCUUUUCCGACUAAGGAGUGAUUCUCAAACCUGUGUGCAGGAUAGAUCUAAUCAUCUAAAGGUGCUGAUAUCGUGGCGGUUUAAGGAUGAUAAUAAUGUCUCUUCUUCAGACAUCUGCAAUGUCAUAUGUUGGGAUUUAACUACAAUUUAA